GUCGUUUUCGGGUCUUGGAUGGGCCGUUAUAGCUGUCCUUUCUUAUUUGGACAAGAUGACCUCGCCGAGCGGUAUAUCAGUAUAUCAGAUUUAUGCUGUUACCUCGACAGAUAUAUGGCGGAGACGUCCAAAGGGAGCCAAGGCUCAUCUCGGGAACACCAGCGGGACAAGAAAAGAGACGACUUGAUUACACAAUCCUUGCGUGAUACAAUUGCUGCGUUUGCAGUUAGAUGGCUACCAAUCACCUCUUCAGAUGGCCUCGAUACCUCGCACCGGAUCCAGACCAUGUGGCGACAGGCCCGAAGGGACAUGCUGAGAAUCAUCAACCGUCCCUCGUAUCGAUCGAUGCUGUCCCUCUUUUUAUUUGCCUUGACUCCCAUUCCAAUGGGCAUAUCCGAAGACGAGGAGGCGGAUGGUGUCUCUGGACAGGUUUGCAUCCACGCAGCUUUGCAGCAAGUUCAGUCUCUUCGAGCCCGACAUAGGAAUCUCCAAUUCAGCGGCUCAAAAGUGACUCCGUCAUCGAGCUCAAUCCCGAUGAGUUCUGCUCCAGAAUCGGCCGACACUUCGAGCUUCAUCAAUGCGGAAAACAUUGCCUACUGGGCAGCAAUCACAUUCGACACAUCGGCAUCUCUGACGCUCAAUUGCAGGCCGCUCCUCUCAUCGGGGCUCUUUGGCUUUGAGUCUGAGUUUACAUGGAAACUUGUGCGGACCUGCUUGAACGUGUUUAAUGAAUCUUCAAAGAGUUGGUGUCAGGGCAGUGCUGAGAUGACGGAUGAAAGGGCCAACGAAAUUAUUGCGGCCGCUGCUUGCUGGAAGCUGAUGGGUUGGAAACUGGCUGCUAAUUUUAAAGAAGCUCUUCGGGAUGGUCAUGAUGAGUCCGAGGUUCGAAAGGCGCUCUCGUAUGUUAGCAAUUCCUGGAAGGAGUUUGAUGCUACUUUUCGGCCUUUUCUUGAUGAAUGCUACAAGCGGAUGCAGUUUCUUGGGCAGCAAACAAAGCUUCGUUGGUUCUCUCUUAUGCUUCACUCUCACUUGAGUAUAUUGAUGGUACUGGAUACGAUAGAAGUCGCAGAUCGGUAUGACCUGCUCGCUGAUCUCAAAGACGCCAGCAUUGAAGCAGAGAAUACAGUCAUGAAUGCACUGGCGUUUGGUCUUCAUAAUACCAUCACCUUGAGACGGACCAUCGACUCACCUUGUGGAAGUGAAACGAUACGCAGUGUUACAUUUACUGUUCCGCUUCUUGCCUUUGACCCUUAUCCGCAUCAUAUAGUCGCUUCGGUGCAACUUAUGCGGAAAGCCAUUGAUCGGGACUAUAGGAAUAAAAAUAUUACCCAAGAUCUGUACGAUAGUUUGAACGCAACUCUGGAAUCUGCGUUGAAACACCUUCCCCAGAGCUCAAAGUCAAUCCAGGCAGCUCGACAAAAGUUUUCGGCAGCGCCUGAUGAUGAGAUACUCGAGGAUACUCAAGUUCCGUAUAGGGAGUUGCCGGCGCUGUUACACGGCUAG